AUGUUGCCGUAUUGCAGCCGGCGGCUGCUGAAGUCCUUCAAAUUCGUUCUGGUGCUGACCGUCAUCAUUUCCACCGUGCUCGUCUACAGGGUGUCAUUUCAACCUGAUAUUGCCGUCAAACGCUAUCCACCUCAACGUUUAUCUCACUAUGAAUGUCAUUGUAACACAUCUGCCUAUGCUAAUACUGCGAAUUCACCAUAUGCUAAUCAAAAUUUAACUGAAAACCGUGCAUUACUGCUACUGGAAAGUGCUUAUUCACGUCAUGGACGUCUACUGCAGCAGAUUCUUAGCGCUUCAAAAUAUCCGUUCAAAGCGGAGACAUUUGCAAAGAAUCUCCCACUACUCACCACUGCCACACAUGGUCGUUAUUCUGUUAUCAUCAUUGAAAAUUACUACAAGUACCUUAAUAUGGCAAAAUGGAAUCGGCAACUCUUGGACAAGUACUGCGCCGACUACAAUGUUCCACUAAUUUCCUUUAUACCCACGAAACCCAAUAGCACUUACCAGAAGGUGAAGAUCAAAGGCUCUCAACUUUAUUUCUGGCAAAAUCAAGAGGUUUUGUCAUUAAAAGUGGCUGAAUCGGAUAUUCAUCGAAUCUCCAGAAUCGGUGCAGAGAGGACAGAUAUUAACACACAGGAAUGGGUUUUGUUCGAGGAGUCGUCGGCAUACACCACUGUGCUCGCAGCAAGGGACGCUCUGGGCAGACCGAGGGCCGCUGUGGUUCAUGAUCGUGGAAAGAUGGAUAACGUCCAGCGCGUUCUGUUCGGUCACAAUAUAACUGACUGGACGAUAAAGAUGACUUUCCUCGACGUUCUGUGGUACACAACAGGCGGACGUAUUGGUUGGAGUUUGGACCGUUAUAUACAGAUUGAUAUUGACGACAUAUUUGUUGGAGCUCGAGGGACGCGAAUGGUAGAAAGUGAUGUAAGGGCUCUGCUGGAAAGUCAGGAACGUCUUCGCGGGUAUAUUUCGAAUUUCUCUUACAUGCUCGGGUUUUCUGGUAGCUACUUCCGUAAUGGAGAUGAUAACGAGGACCGUGGCGAU